AGCGUUAGCCACCUGUGUGAGGCGCUCCCCGUGAGAAAGGUGGCGUGGAAGGAGCGAGAGCCCAGCCACACGGCAGGGGAGCCUUUCUCCGGGAGGCUGGCGGUCUGAACACCUCCAGAACUCAGAGCAUUUAGGAUGCACAGUGCGCUGUAGCCCAACGUCCUCAAGCCUGGUGUGCCCUGGAACCGGCUGACGCCUCCCCAGUUUGUUCGGGGUCCUCCCGGACCUCUUCCUCCCACCUCUCCGCCCCCAAAGUGGUGCUCCCGCCUUGCUCCGCCUGCACAUCCCCCGGCGCGCCCAGAGGUUUAUCAGACUCCCCACACGCUCCGCCGGCUUCCUCCUGCGCUCGGCGCGAGUGACCCAGGCAGACCCGCCGCGGCCUUGGAGCCCCCAUCCCAGUCCCUUCUCCCGCUCCUCUGCCGCCGCGCUCCCGGCUCUUAUCCCCCGGGCCGCGGCGCCCACCGCGGUUCAGGUUUAAUCCCCUUUCGACCUGCUGUUUGGCUCAUCCCCGCACUCAGCCUCCCAGUCAGCCCAGAGAAGUGGAAUCUGCACUGAAACUCUCGGUGGCUGGAGCCGGCAGACUGGGCAUGCUCAGAAGCCAGGGCUGGCUUUGGUCUCAAGUAGGAAGCUUUUGCACUCGGGAGGCAGCAGCGACUUUGGGGAAAGUUGAUCGGAGAGGGGAGGAAGCCCAAAGACGCGGAGCAGCGGCAGAAAGGAGCCCCCGGCAGCCCGGAGGAGCAUGGGCACGCUGCGGGAUUUACAGUACGCGCUCCAGGAGAAGAUCGAGGAGCUGAGGCAGCGGGAUGCUCUCAUCGACGAGCUGGAGCUGGAGUUGGAUCAGAAGGACGAACUGAUCCAGAAGCUGCAGAACGAGCUGGACAAGUACCGCUCGGUGAUCCGGCCGGCCACCCAGCAGGCGCAGAAGCAGAGCGCGAGCACCUUGCAAGGCGAGCCGCGCACCAAGCGGCAGGCGAUCUCCGCCGAGCCCACCGCCUUCGACAUCCAGGAUCUCAGCCAUGUGACCCUGCCCUUCUACCCCAAGAGUCCACAGUCUAAGGAUCUUAUAAAGGAAGCCAUCCUUGAUAAUGACUUUAUGAAGAACUUGGAACUGUCACAGAUCCAAGAGAUUGUGGAUUGUAUGUAUCCAGUGGAGUAUGGCAAGGACAGCUGCAUCAUCAAAGAAGGAGAUGUGGGGUCACUGGUGUAUGUCAUGGAAGAUGGUAAGGUGGAAGUUACAAAAGAAGGUGUGAAGCUGUGCACGAUGGGUCCAGGGAAAGUGUUCGGAGAGUUGGCUAUUCUUUACAACUGUACCCGGACGGCGACCGUCAAAACUCUUGUAAAUGUGAAACUCUGGGCCAUUGAUCGACAAUGUUUUCAAACAAUAAUGAUGAGGACAGGACUCAUCAAGCAUACCGAGUAUAUGGAAUUUUUAAAAAGCGUUCCAACAUUCCAGAGCCUUCCUGAAGAGAUCCUCAGUAAGCUUGCUGACGUCCUUGAAGAGACUCACUAUGAGAAUGGGGAAUAUAUCAUCAGGCAAGGUGCAAGAGGGGACACCUUCUUUAUCAUCAGCAAAGGAAAGGUAAAUGUCACUCGUGAAGACUCACCAAGUGAAGACCCGGUCUUUCUUAGAACUUUAGGAAAAGGAGACUGGUUUGGAGAGAAAGCCUUGCAGGGGGAAGAUGUGAGAACAGCCAACGUAAUUGCUGCAGAAGCUGUAACCUGCCUUGUGAUUGACAGAGACUCUUUCAAGCAUUUGAUUGGAGGACUGGAUGAUGUUUCUAAUAAAGCAUAUGAAGAUGCAGAAGCUAAAGCAAAAUAUGAAGCUGAAGCUGCUUUCUUCGCCAACCUGAAGCUGUCUGAUUUCAACAUCAUUGACACCCUUGGAGUCGGAGGUUUCGGACGAGUAGAACUGGUCCAGUUAAAGAGCGAAGAAUCCAAAACCUUUGCCAUGAAGAUUCUCAAGAAACGCCACAUUGUGGAUACCAGACAGCAGGAGCACAUCCGCUCGGAGAAGCAGAUCAUGCAGGGGGCUCAUUCCGAUUUCAUAGUGAGACUGUACAGAACAUUUAAGGACAGCAAGUAUCUGUAUAUGUUGAUGGAAGCCUGCCUAGGUGGGGAGCUCUGGACCAUUCUCAGGGAUCGAGGUUCAUUUGAAGAUUCAACAACCAGAUUUUAUACAGCAUGUGUGGUAGAAGCUUUUGCCUAUCUGCAUUCCAAAGGAAUCAUUUACCGGGACCUCAAGCCAGAAAAUCUCAUCCUAGAUCACCGAGGUUAUGCCAAACUGGUUGAUUUUGGCUUUGCAAAGAAAAUAGGAUUUGGAAAGAAAACAUGGACUUUUUGUGGGACUCCAGAGUAUGUAGCCCCAGAGAUCAUCCUGAACAAAGGCCAUGACAUUUCAGCCGACUACUGGUCACUGGGAAUCCUAAUGUAUGAACUUCUGACUGGCAGCCCACCUUUCUCAGGCCCAGAUCCUAUGAAAACCUAUAACAUCAUAUUGAGGGGGAUUGACAUGAUAGAAUUUCCAAAGAAGAUUGCCAAAAAUGCUGCUAAUUUAAUUAAAAAACUAUGCAGGGAUAAUCCGUCAGAAAGAUUAGGGAAUUUGAAAAAUGGAGUGAAAGACAUUCAAAAGCACAAAUGGUUUGAGGGCUUUAACUGGGAAGGCUUAAGAAAAGGCACCUUGACACCUCCUAUAAUACCAAGUGUUGCAUCACCCACAGACACAAGCAAUUUUGACAGCUUCCCUGAGGACAAUGACGAACCACCACCUGAUGACAACUCAGGAUGGGACAUAGACUUCUAAUGUAUUUCUCUUACCUGCUUCUGCCUUGCUGAAGACAGCUUUUUCUGAGACAGCUGCCAGCAAACCUGAAGGAAAGAGAGAAGAUUAGUGCUCGGGGUCACCAUGAUGCCUUCGAUCGAUGCUGCUCCAGUAACUACAGUGGCGUUAGGACUCACUGCUUAGAUGACAGUAGUGUUCUUCACACGUUUUCUGUUUGAACCUAAAAACAGCAGUUGACAUGGUGGUCCUGAAGCCAAGCCUUUCACCAGUAAAGAGAUGUUUUCUAUUGUUGCAAUGACCUUGCUUUGCUCUGAUUAUAAUUUGAAAGACUGUAGGAAACACUUCAAUUUAGUAAAAGAUAAAAGUCUGUACCUUGCUAGAGUUAUCCAGAAGAUCAAAAAAUAAUAUAUUGGGUACGAUAGGUUACUAUGGUACAGAAACUGGGCUCUUCCCUUUCUUCAGGUUGAGGGUUGUGGGAACUAUUUACUGCAAGCCGGUGUAUAUACCACACACAAGAGGACCACACCUCUGUUGGUCACAGUUCAUGUCAAACCAGUGCUAGAAGUUUCAUGAUUUUAUUUCCCAGCAAUGCUGAUGACGAGACUGAAUGUUACAUUUCCUUCUGACAGAUUUUAAAAAUUGAUGUGAUAAAAGCACAACUGCUAUGGACUCUGCUGAGAACUCUCAUAACAGGUAGAUACGCGUUUUCACACAGGAUUGGAAAAAAUCAACAUGCAUGAUAUCUGUUCUUUUUGAUAAAUUGGCAUGACAGAGUGGAAAAAAAGCAAUUCACAAACCAUUUCAUACUUUUAAAAAUAGUAUGCUUAAAGAUGGUCCUGGAAAUAAAUGACUAGCAGCCAAUUGGUUUUUAUUUAUUACCUAACAUACCCUCAAACUGAGGCUUAAAAUAUUCCCUUUUAUAAAAAUAAACCCUUGGGGUGGGGUC